GACAGACACGAACACAGACAGAAAUGCAGACUUGGUGCUGGUUUGACUCAACAUGGAUUAUACUAUAUUGGCCCUCCUUGUUUUUGUUAUUGGGGUAAGAAGAUGUCUUAUGGUGUUUUAGACAAACCUUUCAAUUGUUCACCAUGUCCUGGUGUGACAUUGCAAUUAAACAAUUGGGCUUCCCUACCAUUGAGCUGUUUGUAAAGGCGGGAAGUGAUGGGGAGAGCAUUGGUAACUGUCCAUUUUCUCAGAGACUCUUUAUGAUCCUAUGGCUUAAAGGAGUAAUCUUCAACGUCACCACUGUCGACCUCAAACGGAAGCCGGCUGACCUGCAGGACCUCGCUCCAGGAACCAACCCUCCUUUUGUCACCUUUAAUGGCGAGGUCAAGGUCGAUGUCAACAAGAUCGAGGAGUUCCUGGAGGAAAAACUGAACCCACCCCGCUACCCUCGACUAGCUCCCAAACAUCCUGAAUCCAACACAGCAGGAAUCGAUGUGUUCGCCAAGUUCUCAGCUUACAUCAAAAACCAGAGGAAAGACACCAACUGUGCCUUAGAGAAUGCCUUGCUGAAGUCUCUCCGGCAUCUUGAUAACUUCCUGAGGACUCCUUUGCCUGAGGAGAUUGAUGCUGACGCCUCAGGAGAUCUGCCCGAGUCCUCCAGGAGCUUUCUAGAUGGCUCGGAGCUCACCCUGGCUGACUGCAACCUGCUGCCUAAACUGCACAUCCUUAAGGUCGUUGCCAAGAAAUACAGAGGCUUUGAGAUUCCAGUGGAGAUGACAGGGGUGUGGAGGUAUUUAAACUGCGCAUAUCAGAGGGAGGAGUUCACGAACACCUGCCCCGCUGAGAGGGAGACCCACUCCGCCUAUCUGGAUGUUGCAAAACAAAUCAAAUGAGAGGAAGAGUUGAAAAAGGAGAUAAAACAGAGAGAAGAGUUUUAUCGUGCCUAUCUGUAGUAUAACACGUAGACAACAUGAGAGGGUAGAAGUCCAACUGGUGGGUGAAUCCUGAUGAAUUUAAAUAAAAUUUUGGAGUCUAAAUUAAUAAAAAUAAAGAGCUCCAGGCUCUAUGCCGAUCCAUACAAAUUAUGACAACCAUUAUUUUUUUUCCACUUUUCAGAUGAUGGCUGGGCCAGGUUCAUUGCAAAGACUAAGUAAAUAGCACAAUGAACAAGCAUUGCUUUUCAGUAUUACUGCUUUAGAAACCAUUUAGUAAAUGUUUAACUAAUAUUGUGAUGUAAUGAUUUCAAUCAGAAACUUUCAAAUAUUCUAUAUUCUAUAUUCUUAUAUUCUGCUAUUCAAACUGAUUUUAAAUCAUGUUAACACUUCCACUCUCAUAUGUGAAGGUUACGCUAAAUAUGAAGCUAGAGCCAGGAGUAUGUUAGCUUAGCCUAGCACAAAGACUGGAAACAGCUAGCAUGGUCUUGUGAAGCCUGAGAGUCACUCGUCCGACCAACAAUUAGUCACUCCCUGUAAAACCACAAACACAUCAGUGAGCUUUUAUUUUAUGUUUGGGCAGAGCUGGACUAGCUGUCUUUAUGCUAAGCUAAGCUAAUGGCCUGCUAGCUCUAGCCAGUGUAUAAAAUACACCAUCUGGUUCUAUUUUAUUCACUGAAUACUUCUGUCUUAAUGUUAAUGACAAAUCAGUGUUCAAAUCAAGAUGAAAAGUUAAAGUGUUUCAUUUGAAGGCCCGAAUAGCUAUGAGCCUGUCCUUCUGGUUCAUUGUACAACAGUGACUUGUAUGAAUGUGUACUCUCUGUGCAGAUGCGAGGAGAAUAUUUACCCACAUGUGAUUAUCUUUGACCGACAGAGGGAUGACUGUGUGCAGGCCUUGGUGCUGGUUGGUUUAACUCAGUGGUUCCCAAACCUUUUCUGCAGGGCCCCCCUUUUGUAGAUAAGAAUAUUUUCGAUUCCCCCCUGGGAGCCCUGUCACAAACUUGUCCAUGUUAUGCUAGCAGGGCUCAAGCAUUGCUGCGCCUCCCUCUACAAUAGCUCUGUGCCCCCCACUUUGGGAACCACUGGUUUAACUGGUGAUGAUGACUGUUUGAUUGACACAUUAUGUAGUGAGCAUCAUUAUAAUACUGUCCGAACUCAUUUAAAGUCUCUUGGCUGUUGUCGACAACAGCCAAGAGACUUUAAAUGAGUUCGGACAACAUGGGUGAAAAAGUUGAAUGUAUUUCACACAAGAAACACCUUUAUCAGUGACUCCUGCCAUGGUCCUGUACAAUUAAAAAAUAAUUGAUUUCAGUGUUAGUUUUGUAAUAAUUAAUUUGGUAUUUUAUUAAAGGUAUUUGGGGAGUAGAAACAUUUAAAAAACAAUUGUUUGAUUUGAUUUUUAUGUCCUAACUACACGACACAGAUGUCUUUUCUUUUUUAGUUCCCUUGAAUGCAACUUUAUUUCAUUUAAAUGCAGGGUUUGAUUGUUGGACAGAAGUUGUUUAGUAUGUUUUUGAUAGACGUCUUUCAGCCAUUCAGUGUUUGUCAGAGACUAAACCAACCCUGACCCCAGCCUAUUAUGUUCCGGCCUUAUAUCCUCUCUGAGUGCAUUUUUUAUUAAACUGAUUUUAACACUAUGUGGAUUGUCUUCAAUCAUUUUGUUGUCUCUGUGUUUGUGUAAUUAUCACUUCAU